AUGUAUUUAUUUACUAUUGGAUUGUUUGUAGGUAAUUGCUGUCCUCCAAAUCUAGCUGAUUGCUACCUCACUGACUUGUGUGAUGACUGUAGCAGAGAAGAAAAUUGUGACAAAGGAUAUCAUGUUGAUGUUCGCUAUUUCCAGCUAGGACAGGUGUUAUUGCCUGAAAGUCUCCUGAGUAGAUUUUUAAAUCAACAAUUAUUACUGAUUGAAGCAGAAACUGAACUGUUUCUUCAAGAGUAUAGUGUUACUCAGAAAGUCACUGACAGUCUCAAGCAAGAUAUUGUGAAUCAAGCAAGAGAAUUAAAUGCUACUGGUGAAGCAACAGCUAAUCUGAUACGUCUGCAAAGCCAAGCCGUGGGAAGUGCUCUAGUGGAAUCAGCUCAUAGUGAGGGACUUAUGAUUUUAUACAGAUCAAUUGGUGCAAACACGGCUGAUCUCAAGGCAUCUCUGAACUUAUUUUUCACUUUAGAUAAGCAUCCUAAUCUUAUAAUGGGUCUAGAAUAUAAAGACUAUUUAAGAACUGUGCGUGGUUGA